AUGCCGGAGAAUGUGAUGCCAAAGAUACCACAGAGCCCCUCGCCGGUGGCCCGAGCUGGGGCAGGAGAUAUAUCUGAGAGAGAGCUCUCGAGAGAGAGACACAAUAUGCAGACACCCACGCGAGUCCAACCCGUCAAUCCCAAGAAGCAGCUGUUCUCAGCGCCUGUCAAUAAGUUCACCGGGAAGGCCAGCGCUCCUAACCCCAACCUUGCGCGCCUGCGCAGCUGCCUCGAUGAAUACUGCCUCGCCACCCCAAACAGGCCCGCCAUAGUCAGACCAAAAGCCGUUUCCAUGGAAGACCUUGCGCCGAAAAGAACCAACUUUCAAAGGAAUGAGAAGGUAAUGUCUCGGGCGAGGUCCCCGGGGCUGCACACGCUGGUGGAGGAGCAGGCGGCGGCGCGCGUGGCGCGGUUCAUGGUGCUGAGCGCGUGGCGCCGGCGCCGGGCGGAGGUGUCAUGUUCGGAACGGCUGCGCAUGCAGGUGUCAACGUUGAAGACUCUGCUGGAGGGCGACAAUUGUAAGUUGCGGCUGGCGAUGCGCGAGCUGGAGCGACUGAAGCAGCUGCUGCGGGACAAGGACAUCGAGAAGGCACUGCUGGAGCGGGUAACGUGUCCUAUAAUAUCAUGCUAUACAGCGGUGCUAGCGUAG